GAGCCGGGCGGGCAAGCGAAGUCUGGCGCGGCAGUUUAGCUGGACGCUCGUGUCACGUACGUACCGCGAGGGUGGGGCGGAUGGCGCAUCUGCACCCCAUGUCGUGAAAUCGAACAUGUCGGCAUGGCCCUCCUUCUCUUCUUCCAUGCCAUCUGCUCCCGGUGAAUCGAGGUAUGUCGUGCACGGCCUCGCCAGCCGCUCGCACCUCUCGCUUCUCGCUGCUCAAGCUCUUCUCAUUCCAUCUGUGUUUGCUGCCGUUUGCAUGGCCGGCCGCCCAGGCGCAUGACAUUCAGCGCAUUCGAUCCGAUCCUUCGCUGUCUGAUACCCAAUUCUUCUCCUACCUAUCAAGACCUGACCUUAACGCGCCGAAAUGGAAUGUAACCGUGUACGACGAGCAAGCUCUGGCGCCGGGAUACUGGUUCGUAUCAAUCUACGACGGCGACCGAACGUUUGUCAACGUCGGCAACUGGUCCGGGCCGUACAUCUACGAUCAAACCGGUGAGCUCAUCUGGAGCGGCGCGACUCUCGGAAGCAGCCGUGAGCGUUAUGAAGGCUUCGACUUCAAAGUCACUCAAGUCGAUGGGGAAGACUCGCUCUCGUUCAUCCAUCCUCGGGACUGCGCCGCAAUCGUCCUGGACCAAAGCUACCAGGAGAAGCGGCAUCUUCGUAUUGGUGACGCCGCGUCUUCGAAAUGUCAGCCGCUCAUGACGAACAUCCACGAUCUCCAGAUAUACGACAAAGACGAUGAGCUCAUUAUCAUGUCAAUCACUCGCGACGAACUGGAUCAGCAUGACAUGGCCGUAGUCAAUUUCAACGGGUCUUGUGCGGUUUACCACAAUGGCUUCCGACUCGCCAGCCUGAGCACUGGAGAGGUCUUGUGGGAGUGGUCAUCGGACAAGAACAUACCUGUGAGCGAAGCUCUCGUGACUCCAAAUAACUGUGAGCGUGGCUGGGACUACUUCCACAUCAACUCGGUCGAACGGCUUCCGGACGGCGACUAUCUCGUUUCUGCCCGGCACACCAGCACCGUUUACAAAAUCUCACACAAGGACGGCGCAAUAAUAUGGCGGCUUAAUGGUCACAAUUCCGACUUUGUCUGGAUCGGAGACGGUCAAUUCUUGGGACAGCAUGACGCCAGACUGGUCUCUCACAACGAUACACAUCUACUCAUCAGUCUUCUCGACAACGCGAUGGUUCCAUGGCCGCUUCCAGGAAACUCUGCGUUCGGCUACCCCUAUGCUCGCGGCUUGAUUCUCGCUCUGGAUGUGAGCAGCGACCCCAUGACUGUACAAGUAGUCGCGCACUACGAUCAUCCGAUGAAAGAGGAUUCAGACUCGCGGGGUAACAUGGAGCUGCUACCCGGUCGUAACGUCUUCCUCGAUUGGUCGGAGCGCAGUCCGUUGACCCGGGAAUACCUCACACCCAGAGUACUCAUCAGUGAGCAUGCUCCGAAUGGAAAACUGCUGCUGUCGGCCUCCCUCGAUAUCGUCGUCAAGACCUACCGAGCCUACAAGUUCCCCUGGAUCGGCAAGCCGAACACGUUACCCAGCGUGCAUUCUGACGUAGUCUCGGUCGGUGACGCGAGCCAAACUCGGGUACACGUGAGCUGGAAUGGCGCGACGGAGGUGGCAGUUUGGAACUUGUACGGAGGAGCGCACAGGGGCAAAGUCAACAAGCUACUGACCUCGGUGAAGCGAAAUGGCUUCGAGACUGCUCUCACGUACGAAGGCUAUGCAGCGUUUGUCACGGUGGAGGCGCUCAAUCAGCACGGCAACCGCCUUGCUAGAUCUAAGGUCGUAAAGACGAUCGUACCCUCGGGAUUCGUGGCUUCUGACGGCAUAGAGGAACCUGAGCAGAUACAAGAUCAUGCUCAUACGGAUCCUGAACAUAACGACGACCAAACCACGAAUGGCGAUACGAACUCGACAGAAGACAUGGCCUCGGACGAUGCCGCUCUUUCCCAUGACAACAUGGGAUCACACGACGAAGCAGAAUAUAUCGAUGAAUCAGACUCGACCGACGACAUGAGUGUGGAUAAUGACACAGCCGCCGCUCAACCCUUUGAUUUCACUUGGAUACUCGCGCUGGGAGCAGGACUCCUCGUUUGUCUGACGGCCUUUGUGGCCACGAUAAUAUGGCGCACCGUGCGGCCUCAAUUCUACGAACCACUCUCUAACGACGACGGCGCAGAGCUGGAGGAAAUGAGAGCUGUGCGCUACACAGACUCGGACAAGCAGCUUCAUCCUGGCGAAGACGAUGAGCAGGCAGAGUCGCCGUCGGACCCAGCGAAGGGCUCUGAUGCUGGUGAAAAGGAUGGCAUGGGGGAAGGAUUCGAUCAUGAGCAAGUCCUACUGACGGGGACGGACGGGGUGAAAUGACGGGAUGCAGACUUCGAUACAGGAGGGCGGCAAUUUGCCUGGCCGUACGAAUGAAAAGAUGGUUUUCGCAAGGUACAUGUACA